CUCGGCGUCUGACCUCGUAGAAGAGGCAAAGGAACAGCUGCAUCUGAAGAGCGAAGAGGAAUACAAAAUUAGUUAAAGCUCUCUUCUUUCGAUCCCUCUCGCCUUCUCCAGAGCCUAGAAUCUUACGUAAAUUUCUAAUUUUGUUGCCUCGUUGCCUCCCCAAAUCGAUUCUGAUCGAAGUAUAGCAGCUGCUCGACUCAUUUCCUACUGAAAGAAUGUAGUAGUAGUUAUCUGGCCCCUGCAGUUACCCCGAGAUGAUGGAGGGUUGUGACUGCAUUGAGCCACAGUGGCCGGCUGAUGAGCUUCUAGUGAAGUACCAGUAUAUAUCGGAUUUCUUUAUAGCCCUUGCCUAUUUCUCCAUUCCGCUCGAACUCAUUUAUUUUGUGAAGAAGUCCUCCUUCUUCCCGUACAGAUGGGUGUUGAUACAGUUUGGUGCCUUCAUUGUUCUUUGUGGAGCAACACAUUUGAUAAAUCUGUGGACUUUCAACAUGCACUCACGAACUGUGGCAAUAGUAAUGACUGUUGCAAAAAUCUCGACGGCUGUUGUAUCAUGUGCAACAGCUUUGAUGCUUGUUCACAUAAUUCCGGACUUGUUAAGUGUGAAGACAAGGGAGUUGUUUCUAAAGAACAAGGCUGAGGAACUUGAUAGAGAGAUGGGCAUCAUACGGACACAAGAGGAAACAGGGAGACAUGUUAGGAUGCUUACUCAUGAAAUAAGAAGCACACUUGACAGACAUACAAUAUUGAAGACGACAUUUGUGGAACUAGGUAGGACUUUGGAUCUGGCAGAAUGUGCACUUUGGAUGCCAUCAAGAAGUGGCCUUAAUCUCCAGCUUUCACACACUUUGCAUCACCAAAUACCACUUGGGUCUGUUGUUUCCAUUAACCUCCCCAUUGUCAAUCAAGUCUUUAGUAGUAACCGAGCAAUGAGAAUUCCACAUACAUGCCCACUAACAAGGAUAAGGCCAUUGACUGGGAGAUAUGUGCCACCAGAAGUUGUUGCCAUCCGAGUACCACUCUUACAUCUCUCAAAUUUCCAAAUCAAUGAUUGGCCUGAGCUUUCUGCAAAAAGUUAUGCUAUUAUGGUUCUCAUGCUCCCUUCGGACAGUGCAAGAAAAUGGCAUGUACAUGAAUUAGAGCUUGUUGAGGUGGUUGCUGAUCAGGUGGCUGUUGCACUUUCACAUGCUGCCAUCUUAGAAGAGUCAAUGCGGGCUCGUGAUCUGCUCAUGGAACAGAAUGUUGCUCUAGAUUCAGCUCGUAGGGAGGCAGAAAUGGCAAUUCGUGCUCGCAAUGAUUUUCUAGCUGUCAUGAACCAUGAAAUGCGGACUCCGAUGCAUGCAAUUAUUGCUCUUUCAUCUCUUCUUCUAGAAACUGAGCUGACUCCAGAACAACGGCUAAUGGUAGAAACUGUGCUAAAAAGUAGCAAUCUUCUAGCUACACUUAUAAAUGAUGUUUUGGAUCUUUCUAAGCUUGAGGAUGGGAGCUUCGAGUUAGAGAUUACAGUUUUCAACCUUCAUGCAGUUUUCAAAGAGGUCACUAAUCUGAUAAAACCAAUAGCCGCUGUGAAGAAGCUCUCUGUUUCCGUGACAUUGGCAUCAGACUUGCCCUUGUGUGUUGUUGGCGAUGAAAAACGGCUCCUGCAAACAAUACUGAAUGUUGCUGGCAAUGCAGUUAAGUUUACAAAGGAGGGUCAUAUAUCAAUCAUUGCAUCUGUUGCCAAACCAGAUUCAUUCAGAGACCCUCAGACCCCUGAAUUUUCUCCAGCUAUUAGUGAUAGACAUUUCUAUCUGCAAGUGCAGGUCAAGGAUACUGGUUGUGGAAUUAAUACUCAAGACUUGCCACAGCUCUUCACCAAAUUUGCCCGCUAUCAGAAUGGUGGAAAUAAACCCUAUAGCGGCAGUGGCCUUGGCCUUGCAAUUUGCAAGAGGUUUGUCAGCCUUAUGGAAGGACAGAUCUGGCUGGAAAGUGAAGGUACAGGCAAAGGUUGCACUGCUAUAUUUAUCAUCAAACUCGGGCUUUGUGAUCAAACUAGUAACCUAAAACAAAUUGUGCCGGCUGCACGGCAAAUUCAUGAGGAUCCAAAUCUCUUUGGCUCAAGACCUCCCUUCAGCGACGGGAAGGAACAAUUUCCUGUAAAGGUGCGAGACGGGAAGGAACAAUUUCCUGUAAAGGUGCGAGACGGGAAGGAACAAUUUCCUGUAAAGGUGCGAUAUCAAAGAAGCGCAUGAUUUCUGUGAUUAAAGUCCUCAAGAUUUUAGUGAUCCCAGCAACUAUCUGAUACUUCAUGUAAUGUAUUUCCAUCCACCUCUUUGUUUAUCAAACCAUUGUGAGAAAAAAUUCUAUCAUCGAGUAGCGAUCUUUGCUGACACACCGACUUCAUUGUUCAACAACUUAAUGAGUAUUAUUCUAAUAAAUUGUUGCUUGUACUUCA